CAAAACUACCCAGACCCGAAUUCUUCUGCUCAUCCAAAACCACUGCAGUACGCAACUCGGAUAAGAGUUUGUCAAUUUUUUCACCAUCUCUGCUUCAAAUAUAGCAGAAAUCAAAAGCUCUUACGCCAUCACUAUUACAGAGAAAAAGGUGUAUCAGGAACAAUGCCAUAUUCCUCGAUUUCAAAUUUAGACAACAAGAAAAGCAAGUUCAAAUAUAUUGAUGACUUCAAUGAUACUGAUUGGCCUGUGCCUGGAAGCCAGAGCGCUAGCCCUUCCAGCCCAAGUUCCUUGAAGCAAGGUAAUCUAUUCAACUUUCCAUUUGAGUCUGAAGACCUUUUGGAUGGAGGUUAUGAAUCCAGUGAUGAUCGCUAUAAGACUGUACAGCAUAAUGGUCCUCCUGAGGUGAACUUGAAAAAUGUUUUGAGUGGUAUUUUUGCCAUUUUGACUGGUCGGAAUAAAAGUCUGAAUGCUGCCGGAAGUCUGCAAUUCUCUAAUUCGAAUGUUUCAUUUCUUGGGUCUGCGAAGAAUGGGGAUGCGGUAUUGCACUCAUCAGUUUACAUACCGAGUGCACCACCACUUCUUGAGGCAACUGCAUUUAACUAUAGUGCUUACAAAGAUGUGUUGGAAGCUGAACCUCCGGAGUGGCUUCCAGACAGUUCCAGUACUGUGUGCAUGCAGUGUAAUGCUCCAUUUACUGCUCUUACACGUGGAAGACAUCAUUGUCGAUUUUGUGGAGGGAUCUUCUGCAGAGCAUGCUCAAAAGGAAGGUGCUUAUUACCUGUUAAGUUUCGGGAGAGGGACCCGCAAAGGGUGUGUGACACCUGCUAUGACAGGCUUGAUCCUUUGCAAGGAGUACUCAUCAACACCAUCAGCAAUGCAGUUCAGGUUGCAAAGCAUGAUGUGAUGGAUUGGACUUCAAUGAGAGGGUGGCUAAAUCUUCCUGUUGGCUUCUCCAUGGAGCAAGAGAUAUAUAAGUCUGCCAAUACAUUAAGGAAUUACUGCCAGGUUGCUCGCUUGAAUCCUGAGAAGUCCAUUCCUGCAGCAAUUCUGGAAGGGGCCAAAGGUUUGGCAAUCUUGACGGUGGCUAAAGGUGGGGUGGUACUUGCUUAUAAACUUGGAACUGGCUUGGUCAUUGCUCGAAGAGCCGAUGGAUCAUGGUCAGCUCCAUCAGCUCUGCUUUCUGUUGGCCUGGGAUGGGGUGCGCAGGUUGGCGGCGAACUCAUGGACUUCAUUAUUGUACUACACGACUCAAAAGCUGUGAAAGCUUUCUGUAGUCGAAUGCAUUUCUCUCUUGGUGCUGGAUGCAGUGCUGCAGCUGGACCAGUUGGGAGGGUUUUUGAGGCAGAUAUGCGAGCUGGAGAGAGGGGCUCUGGCAUGUGUUAUACUUACAGCUGCAGUAAAGGUGCAUUUGUAGGUGUUUCACUGGAAGGGAACAUAGUCUCAACUAGGAUGGAUACAAACCUUCGCUUCUAUGGUGAUCCUUAUCUUACUGCAGCUGACAUACUUCUUGGAAUAGUGGACAGACCUAAGGCUGCCGAACCCUUGUAUGCAGCUCUCCAGGACCUUUAUGCAAGCUUCCGAUGCUAGUGGCAUCUUGAUGUUAUAAUUAUAUUUACCUCCAAUGUGUUCAUGGCGUUCCAAUUCUCGGAUAAGAAGCUGUACAUACCAUGCUUCAUGGGUGGAAAAUCCUGACCUCCAGGACAAAUAAGCAACUUGCGCUCUCCCUAUUAUUCAUGCACAUUAGGGUUCGUCAUGUUCAUUUGUUAUUUAUCAUUGGGUGUACAGUUAGUGAACCAGCUGUCUUCACUUGUGUAUAUAUAUAGAUGAUUCUUAUACGUGACGGUACAUAUUUUGGUAAAAAAAAAAAUGGUUCAGUUUAAACUUGGAA